UAUCAUUUGUGUCAUUUUGUGGCGAGACUCUUGUGAAACACCUGCUCACAACAGCCCUUCUGUUCAUUUUUUUUCAAUAAAGAUGCAGAAGUGGGUUGUGAUCUGCUGGGCCGUCCUGGCUGUGGUUGGUGCUGAUGUGUGUCCAGAUGGAGGGCUAUGUAAAGAAGGGGAAACCUGCUGCAACAGCCCAGCAAACGGUUACGGGUGUUGCCGAUAUGAAAACGCUGAGUGCUGUGAUGAUCACAUCCACUGCUGUCCAGAGGGCACAGUCUGUAAUAAAGCCUUAUCUGGCUGUAUUAAUACUACCCUGACCAUCCCCUGGGUGAAAAGAACCCCUGCUGAUCAGCCCAAAGUCUCUAAAUCCUUCAGGAUGAUCAAGACAUACGAGAGUCAGGAAGACGACAACAUCUGCCCCGACCUGUCACGAUGCCCUGCUGAGUAUUCCUGUCUGAAGGGUUUGACGAAGUUUGGCUGCUGUCCUCUAACUCAGGGAAUCUCCUGCCCCGAUGGCAAACACUGCUGCCCUGAGGGCCACGACUGCAGCUCAGACAGCCGAGGCUGCAUCAAAAAAGAGCUCGUGGUUACAGUUCUAUGCAGCGAUGGCAUUUCAGAGUGCCCAGAUGGUACCACCUGCUGUGAAACAAAUGACGGGAAAUGGGCAUGCUGUCCACUAUCAAAGGCCGUGUGCUGCGCUGACAAGAUACACUGCUGCUCUGAAGGGACCACAUGUGAUGUCGAUCAUUCCAAAUGCAUUGACUCUUCUACCAAGAAAGAGAUGCCAAUGUGGGCAAAGCUCCCUGCCAGAGUGAGAGCAGCUUGGGAAAACCAGAAAGAAGAAGUGCCAGUUGAAGCAGUGAAUAACACAGGAACAGAAAACGCCCCCAAAGUCACCACAGCCAAUCUGCUUCCUCCAUCUGCAAACGAUGUUCCAUGUGACGAUACAUCAGCCUGUCCUGAUGGCACCACCUGCUGUAAAACCCAAGAAGGUGGCUGGGCCUGCUGUCCAAUGCCAGAGGCUGUUUGCUGUCCGGAUAAGGAGCACUGUUGCCCGCAGGGUUACACCUGUGACAUCUUAUCCAGAUCCUGCCAGAAGCUCAUCAUGAUGCAGCUGGAGAGAGUCCCACUGACACCGGUGUAUCUACUUGAGCCUCAACCCCAGCUCAGCCCAACAAAGCACAAAGACAUCAAGUGCGAUGAACAGACCAAUUGCGGGCAUGAUGAAACUUGCUGCAGGACUUCUGCCACUUCCUGGGGCUGCUGUCCAUCUUCUAACGCGGUGUGCUGCAGCAACAUGAAGCACUGCUGCCCGACGGGGUACACCUGUACGGAAGAAAACUCCUGCAUCCAGAACUCCAAGCUUUACUGGCCCAACUGGCACGUGUUCCUCGCCAACAAAAAAAGAGCCCUAAUUGUGUGAAAACACCACCUCUAAACUGUUACUAGUUUUAGUUUUUGCAUAUAACGCACUAAUGGAGAAAGAAUUCUACGUUAAUUUCAAAAUGCUUUGUUUUUAAAUGACACUUUGAAAACGAUUUGCACCUCAGUUGCUAAGAUGUUUGCAAUCUUGAAGUUGAACAUUUUGGUCUGAAUGCACCUAAUUAUAUAGAUGACCGUGUGACUAAUGUAUUUAAGGAGUUAUCUUUGUUAUUCCAAGCACACUCAGUUUGUCACUUGAAACGCUACUCCAUCCACAAUAGAAGACAAUCAAAACACUCCACUUGUCAGUCAUCUGUUUCUUUAAUACUUGCUGCAGCUGCCUUCUGUUGAAAAGGUUAUUUCUUUAUCAAUAAUAGUCAAUCAGUCAACACCUGAUUCAAUAUCUUUCAUCAUUCUGAACAUUCAGUCUGAUCAUUUAAUGAUUUUGUGGUGUAAUUACUCAUUAAAUCUUGGGUUCAUAAUUUUGUGCAUUGGAUUAGUAAUCUGUGUUAAUGAGGCAAAGGUGAAGAAAUUCAUGCUUGGAUGAUCUUACCCUGUCAAAGUGUCACAUUAUCCAUUAAAUCAAUAAAAAAGAAGUGACAUUA